UUCUUUUUUUUCCCCAGUUGAUUCCAUCCAAGGCUGUGGCUGAAUCUCAUUAACUUUAACUCUUUGAGGACUUGGGAUUUGACUUGAGACUUGCUUGUGACUUGAAAGGAAUGACUUGGUCCCACAUCUGCUUAUUAGCAAAUCCAGACAACAGACAGACAUGCUGCAUUAGGAAAAUUAUCAAGACUUUACAAGAAUUUGCAGAGGUUUGAAAAUGGAAUCAUCAGAAAAACUGCUGUCAUUACGACUGCUUUCCCUGCUUAAGAACGGACAAUGGGGAAAAGAAGAUGUUGUUAAGUUGUUUAAAGCCCUUAUAAAAGAAUUUAAUGAUAUGAAUGAAGAAUUCCACACAUGGAUGAUGAAAAUCAUUUAUCAAGUUGAAAUUCACAAAAUAGGUGUGUCAGAUUUGACAUUGAAUGAAAACAAGACUGUGGAUCAUGUUGAGGAAAAAUUAACAACAUAGCCAAAAACACUGAAGAGAAAACACUGAAAGACAUUGUGAAGGAAAUCUGUGAACAAGCAGAUAUUGAUAAAGAAAUGAUGGCACAAGUGACAGAUAUUGUGUCGUCUGUACAUGAUUCUCUAGCAGCUUCUACAGAACCACAUUUACAAGAAAAGCAAAUUUUGUUUACGCUUUGCAAAGCUGUAGAAACGACAAAACCAUAUAAACCUCGAGUGACGCAGAUGGUGAGCUGGUGCAUUCUGGUUCUUUCUGAAUCAAGUCGGCUUGUUCAGGUUGGAACAGGAGAAGGAAAGUCGUGUAUCGUGGCAAUGUUUGCAGCAUAUCAGGCCAUGAUGGGAAAAACUCCUGACAUCAUCUCCAGUUCUCCUGUACUUGCUGAAAGAGACGCUAAAGAAUGGUUUGACUUUUAUAAUGAACUGAAUAUCACUGUUGAUGUCAACAUCGACAAAUCAGAAAACGAGUUGAAGAAGUGCUAUGAAUGUCAGGUGGUCUACGGUACCACUGUCAGUUUUGCAGCAGAUUUUCUGAGACAGCGCUUCCUUAGACAAGACGUGCGACCUAACAGAGAGUUUCAGUGUGUUAUAGUGGAUGAGGUGGACUCGCUAAUGCUGGACAAAGGUCUUGAAGUGGUUUACUUGAGCACUGAGAUUCCGCUAAUGGAAUCUCUUAAUGGAAUAUUGGCUGAAAUUUGGUUAAUCGUCAACCAGCUGAAGCGUUUAGGCACAGGGGAGAUUUUAGGACCCAUUCAGCUCUUCUCUCAGGUUCUGUCUGAAAUCAUUACUGAAAAUAAAAACAUUGAUGAACUCAGCAUUGUGCAGAUGGCUGUGGACGCAGGAAUUAUGCCUAUAAAAUCCUCAAAGCAAACACAAGAAAACAUGACAAAUGUUCUAAAGCAACUUGAUAAUGCAAGUGUUGUGCAAAUGGUGGCAUUUUUAACCAUGUUUGUGAAGAAUUUACCCAAGUAUUUCAUUAAACUAUACAUAGAAAGGCCUGAUGGGACUUUACAGAAACUAGAAGAGAUUAGUCCUGCAGAUACAAAUAAGAGACAAGAAAUAUAUUUUCUUCUCCUGGGAAAUGGAAAAUGUUGUGUUAUGCACUUUGAAGAGAACUCAGUAGACCCAUCAUUGAGGAAAAAGAUUAAAAAGUCCUAUCAGUCUGAAUCAGCAAAAGAACCAAAUAAAUCUCGUAUCCCAGGUCUAGAAGAUAUCAUCAGUGGCAAGAUGCAAACUUGGUUUGGAAGUGCUCUGCAAGCCACAAAAUUGACUCUAGGCCGUGAAUAUGUCCUUCACGGAGAUGGAGUCGCUCCUGUCGAUUACAGAUCAACCGGUGUUGUGCAGAAUGACAUGAAAUGGGGGGAAGGACUUCAGCAGUUCCUGGAGAUGAAACACCAAACUAAACUCUCAAACAUGACUCUAAUAACAAACUUCAUGUCUAAUGUGGGUUUAUUCAAGAAAUACUCAAACCAGAUCUAUGGCAUCACAGGAACUUUGGGGGACCAAACAGAGCUUGAUAUGCUGAAGACGCUCUACAGUGGCAUUGACACCUGUAGGAUUCCCUCAUGUAAACAAAGGAAACUUUAUGAGCUGGAGGGUUUGGUGAUACCUGAAGAAGACGAGUGGAUCAGGAACGUCUGUAAUGUUGUUAAACAUCAAGUGUCCUCCACAGACUAUCGAGGUCCACGUGCAGCUCUCGUCAUCUGUGAAACCAUCAAUCUUGCGAAAAUGUUCCACAAGACCCUUUCAGACAAAAUCUCAUUAGGCAAACUAAAACUUUAUGUGAAUAACAACAUGGAUAACUCUACCAUAACAGAUUAAACUAUUCAAGCAGGAGAUGUCAUCAUUGCCACUAAUCUAGCAGGUCGAGGUACAGACCUAAAGGUUUGUGAAAGUGUAAAUGAGGCAGGAGGUCUGUUUGUGAUGCAAACCUUCUUACCACUGAACGUCCGUGUUGAGCAGC